CUGUCCACACGAGAGUGGGUUCUGGAACGCACCGCGCGGGAGCUCGCGCUGCCAACACACACUCACACACUCUCACACACUCUCACACACCGGCGGCUCUUUCAAACGAACGGAUUUUAUAUAAUAAUAAUAUUAAUAAUAGUAAUAAAUAGAAUUCCUUCACGUGCUGAGAACAAAACUACACCAGCCUGAGGAGAGUCUGUACUAUUUUACUGAAGCGGAUCUAAACCGCAAAAUCAGAAAUAAUACGUAUUUGAUCCUUUUUUUUUCCCUUUUUUUCUGUGCUGGACAAGACACCGGAACGCGGAUUCGUGCCAUGGCGCGUUUAUAUAUGUAAGAUGCGCCGUUUAGGUCGUCAGGUGCAGACGCUCGCGCUGUCGGAGUUACAGAGAGCGGCUUUUACAACUAAAUCUAAUGGGACGCUUGGGGUUCAGGACAUCAAGAAAUCAAGACAGGACUAACGAAGGUUACGAAGAAAUGCACCUUUCCUGAAGUUUUUUUUUUUUUUUUGAAAAAACAAAAACAAAACAAUAACAAAAAACAAACAAACAAACAAACAAAAAAAAAAAACCGGAUAAGCGGAUUUUACAACGUGGGAACAAUUUCCUUAAUUCAACAGCAUUAUGGCUGCGUUCUAUUUUUCUUGACAAGUGCAUGCAAGCUUCUUGUUCGGAUUGUUUCCUCCUGAAGGUUUAUGGUACAAACACAAACCCUGCAUAUGCAUUUUAGAAGAUUUUUUUGAUCAAAUUCUACAAGCGGUUAUAUACAGUAUAUAUAUAUUUUUUCUUAUUCUUUUUUAUGAGAGAGAUAAAGAACCACUUUCUUCUUUACCUCCUUGGCCUGCUUUAAGUUUUUUUUUUUAGUUUUUCUUUUAAUUGAAACUGUUGGAGAAUCGACCGAAUGGACUGAAACGUAUAAAAAUACUGCUAAAAAAAAGGAAGAAAGGAAAAAGAAGAAAAAAUAAAAAUCUAAACAUCACGUCGUUCAAGUUUUUUUUUAACACGCCUGAAAGUGGCCGUGACCCCUGACCUAUGGAGAUUCACUGCAAGCACGACCCGUUCGCCGCGAUGCACAGGCACGGAGGGGUGAACCAGCUUGGUGGGGUCUUUGUGAACGGGAGGCCGUUACCUGACGUGGUGAGGCAGAGGAUCGUGGAGUUGGCUCACCAAGGUGUAAGGCCGUGCGACAUUUCCCGCCAGCUUCGAGUCAGCCAUGGCUGCGUCAGCAAGAUCCUGGGCAGGUACUACGAGACAGGGAGCAUCAGGCCAGGCGUGAUCGGAGGAUCCAAACCAAAGGUUGCUACACCCAAAGUCGUCGACAAAAUCGCCGAUUACAAACGCCAAAACCCCACCAUGUUUGCCUGGGAGAUACGAGAUCGACUAUUGGCAGAGAGAGUGUGCGACAAUGACAGCGUGCCCAGCGUCAGCUCAAUCAACAGGAUCAUUCGCACUAAAGUCCAGCAGCAGCCUGGCCAAUCAGGAAGCGUCUCUGCGCAUAAUUUAGUCUCCACGGUGGCAGUGACCCAGGUCUCCGCGGUAACCAGCGAUGCCGCAGGCUCCUCUUACUCCAUCAGUGGUAUCCUGGGAAUCAGUUCGGCAGCUGACGCCAGCAAGAGAAAAAGAGAUGAAAAUCUUCAGGAGUCUUCACUGGCAAAUGGCCAUGCCCACACAGGGCGGGACUUCCUGCGCAAGCAGAUGCGGGGCGAGCUCUUCACGCCGCAGCAGCUCGAGGUACUGGACUUCGUGUUCGAUCCUGACAUUUACCCCACUCUUGACACCAACAAGCCCGCCCAGACAGCUGAUUACUCGGCGAUGGCGUCUCUGGCUGGCGGAUUAGAAGACAUGAAGAGCAGCCUGGCCAAUCAGACGGUAACAGAUUUGGGCCCGAGUGUAGCAGGACCUCAGAGUUACUCGCUAGUGUCAGGUCGUGAUUUAGGUAGCACUACGCUUCCAGGUUACCCUCCUCAUGUUCCCCCAGCCGGCCAGGGCAGCUACUCAGCCCCAUCGCUCACAGGAAUGGUGCCUGGGGGUGAGUUCUCGGGCAGUCCAUACUCCCACCCGCAGUAUUCUACAUACAAUGAGUCAUGGAGGUUCACCAAUCCAAGCCUGCUGGUGUUCCAGCAGGAGUACGGUUCUCUUCUAGGCUCAGAAAGAGCAGCUUCUUCAGGCCUUUUUCCCAGCCAGACCACACAACCCGGAGGGUCUCCGUAUUAUUACGGCGCAGCCACGCGGGGUUCAGGACCUGCAGCCACGACUACAGCCAGCGCCUAUGACCGCCACUGAGAGGAGAAGAGGAGUGAAAAAGAGGAGAGGAAGAAAGAGAAAGCGAGGAGAGCUACACAGAGCAAAGGAGAGGAGAGAUGAACAGAAAGGGGGGGUGGGGUGGGAGUGAGACUAAAUCUUUUUUCCACAUCAGUCGCACUAAAGCUUGUCCUUUUAUUCCAGAACUUUUGUGCAGCCACACACACCAAACACACACCAAACACACACACACACACACACACACACACACACACACACACACACACACACACACACACACACACACACACACACACACACACACACACACACACA